GCCGCGCCAGUGCAGUGCCGCCGGGACGACCUUAGAGGAUUCCGCGGCUCCUCGUCCUGACGGAAAUAGUGCGCGGCCGGUAUGCAUUAUACGUGCGUGGACGACGAGGGGAAUCCCGAUUUCGAUUGCCAUUCGGCGACGACGCCGCGAGAGGAAACUCGACGUCCUCGAAGCCGGCGCUGAGCUGCCGUGCGUCCGCGAGGACUCCGUUUCCGGCCUCGACCGGGUCUCGCGUUGACUGAAAUUACGUGAAACGUGGUCCUCGGAAGCACGGCGGGCGUGGCGACCUUGUCUGUUUUCUUGCCUUUGUCUUUGAUACAAAAAAAAUUGUCCUUAAUGAAAAACUGCAAAUGAGAAUAUCGUUUCGAAGAUUUAUCUCCAAGUGGAGGGUCAUUCGCGGAGAGUCUUUACGAUUCUGAGAUCGUAAAGCGACGUUUUUCCCGGGGAAAAGAAUCGUUUCUGGUGCUCACUACCUUGCGGUCUUCAUGAGAUUACGUAAUUUUCUCGGCCCGGCUGUCUGUAAAACCUUCCUUUCUUCGAAUGCAUAUUAAAAUGACGAAUGAAAAUAUUCUUUCACGCGAUAAGAAAGAAAUAACGUAAAAAACGUCAGCACUUAUAUAAAGUAUUUUAUCUCUACUAAAUAAGUGUUUUGAGUUCGUAGGUAAACCAGAAAGAAAAUUCCUAAUUAAUAUGGAAAAUGGUUGAUUGAUAAAACAUUGAACUGCCCGUAGUUUUCAUCAAUGAAGAAACAAAUACUCGAUUCAGUAAUGAACCGAUCAAUCGAGGAUGAAGGAGUCGGGCGUCUCUCGAGACGAUUCUUCUUCACUCGCACGAAGACAUCAGUCGCCGACAGCUCGGCAGCCUCCUUGGUAGCCCGUUUUCUAUUCUAAUUCCGAUGCUAUUCUGGUACCGGUGGAGGCAGCCAAUGGGCAACGCGUCCUCCCGGCUACCAUACGCGCAAAUACAUCCCUCGCGGACUCUUCGCGCCUCGUCUCGUCCGGCGUGUGCGCCAUCACCCCCUUCCCCGUACCGAUCGCAGUCGUUCUCGGGGUAUCGUGUGCGAUGCAUUGAUCCUGUACUCGCAUGUCACUCGUUACCGCCACCCCCUCGUCCUUCAUCAGUGGCCGCGGUGAACGUCUCUGAACCGAUCUCACGUUCCGCGUCGAGCGGUGGACGACCGGAUCGAGACGAUCGGGCUCCACGAGCGGCGGUUCUGCUCGCCGAUCAGUCGGGACAAUCCUGAAGGGAAGAUAACGUCAGGCGGAGGAAGGGCGCGAUGCAGUGGCGUCGACAGAAGAAGGUCACCCACGUGAUCGGCUCCUCGAAUCAUGUGCUACUCUUAGCGAGGUACCAAGAUGCUCCACCCGGUGAGGAGGACGAGGAGGAGGGUUUGCGAAAGGACUAUGUGAAGAGCCAGGAGAAGGAGACGAACGCGCACACACACUUCGAGCGGAAUGGCCAGCAGAGCGGCUACAAGCCACGUCGGGCUGGUACCAGCACCAGCGGCGGAAGUACCAGCGGCUACGCCAGCAGCGGCUCAAGAUCGCACAGGGACGAGAGCGCGGGCUCGCCGUCGCAGCCCAAGAUCAUCUUCAACGAAGAGGAGUACACGAGGAUCACGACGCCGCGGCAGGAUGUCCUCUUCAAGAAGGGCUACCUGUCGCGCAAGAAGCCCUGGACUGGAAACGCGAGCACUAGCGCUACGCCGUCGACCACGGAGAGUCAGUCGGCGUCACAUUCCACCGCAGACGGCAGCGAAACUACAGAGGACCAGCAACUAUUGGAUAGGGACAGUGGAACAGGAGAAUAUCCGCCCAUGGUAGAGCCAGGAGCGCAACUAGGAUACGGAACGUUUUACGAUCAUGCGAGCGGUUACUAUUACGAAUAUCCUGUGAUGUUGGUCGGACCUGCACCAGUACCUGCUCAAGUUGGACCAAGCGUUCUAGCGACUGUACCGUGCGGCCCGGUCCCUUUAAGACCGAUCGAGUGGAUUAAUCCUGCCUUCGUGCCUAAACUUGCCAAUCAACCGUAUUGCUUGAUGGACUAUCAGACUAAUCAAAGUACAGAACCAGUUACGAUAGUGGAGGAGCAGAACGGCACGAUAGUGGCAGCGGAAGCUUCCAACAGCAUGUGGAAUGAGAGUGGCACCGGUAGCGCUAGCUGUAGCGGUAGCGUAGCCGAGGAGAUCGAGGAGCAAGCCGAGGAAGCGAACAACGCGAGUAUGGAGCAGCACAUCGUGAAGGAGCCGCUUGCGGAGGAACAACCGCCGGAGCAGCUGCAUCUCGAGGGGCAGCCACAUUUGGAGAACGGCAUGACGACGGUCGAUCCCUACCUGGAUCCGCUACUGAUGCAAGAGCCAGUGCACAUGCCGCAUAUGAUGCCGGCUGUACCGCAACCGUACAUGUAUCCUGGUCACUAUAUGUUCGGGCCACCUUUGGUCAACGUUAAUGGUGUUACCAUCCAGGGCGGGCCAUUGGUGAGAACUAUGGACGUAACCACUAUGAUGGCGUGCGCCAAGCGAAGAAAGAAGAGAAAGAAAAGAAAACAGAGAAGACCUACUUUGGGUAACACCGAAGAUGAGGAAGAAGGGGAAUACAGUUCCGAAUGUGAUAAUGAUGUAUCGUCUUCCCGAUUAUCCUGGUCAGAAUGUCCGACCUCGGUCGCGAUUACAAUGACCACGACGACGACGGUGGCGGCGGCGGUGGCGGCGGCGAAUCGACCGCUCAAUCCCGAGUGCCAGGAAUUUCAUUUGCGGCCGAGUCUGCAAUCGCGAAUCCUCUCUGGUCCUGUUUCGACAUCCGUCGUCAGCACUGUGGCCGAAGAGACCAUGUCGUCAGUCAACGACACGCUGGAUGUGUCAUCUUGCAUCGAAACGGAACCCGCCAGUCGCGAGACCGAGACGUGUGAUUCAUCGCCUGCUCAAAGUCUAACGAACCAGGAAGAGAUGGCGAUCCGCAAUUCGCAGCAAGUCGUCAGGAAGACGUCUUUGGAGAACGCUCAGUCAGUGGCAGUUGGACACGUGCCAGAGAGCAGGAGCUCAGAAAUUAACGGUCAAGCGAAUCACCUAGUCGCGAAUGUGGAGGCGAUAGUAACGAAUGAAAUUACGGAGCAGAUAAGGAGCAGUACUCCGAUUGAUCACGAAGCGCUCUCCAGGACUGACACUAAUUUGGAGAAUGAUGGCGAUUCGAUCAGUGCCAAUGCGAAGCACGAACUAGUCGAAAAUAAUAGCAACGACGUUAACACAGACACACUGAAUAAUCGCGUUAAACGUCCUGAAGGAAGUUUAACUAACGGCGAUACGAGUCACGAAUAUCUCGCCGAUUUUACGGAGAAGGCGUCAAAGUCGAGAUCAGCGAGCCCUCGAGACAAUGGCUCCGACUUAACAACGAUGAACGUCAACGAAAAAGAGGAAAUUCAACGACUGCGACACUGCAACAAUUCGUCCGUUGUGCGAGCAGCGUCACUUGGAUUACCCAGAAAGUACAGCAAGAAGGGUCUAAAAUUCGUGAGAGAGUCUACACCCGGGCCGGACUUGGAUGAUACCGCGCACCUGGAGAACAGGACGCUCGUACAACAGUUGGAAGGUGUCGAACUGUCGGACGCGGAUUGCAAAUGCAGUAUUGCGAACGAUAAGCUGGACGAGACGGAAUGGAAAGUGACGAACGAGGAAGUCGCAUCGGAGGUGCGUGACGAGGACACGGUCAAAGCAGUAAGCCGGGAUACUGUCCAAGGCUCGAACGAAGAUUCCGGGUUUGAGAGCCAGACUCGACCGUCGAAGAAGUAUCCCAUCACGGCUGCGGUGAAGGAGUGGCUGCGCCGAGCGAACUCGCCCGAUCUUUUCAUAACGUCGGCGUCAACCUCGGAAAGUGAGACGGACGAGGAUGAUGAUGAAGAAAUGGAUGCAAAGCCGCCAAAAAACUUGCAAGGCAACCCCAUGCCUGCACUAUCUGCUAAUAGCGGCGUCGACAACGUCACGUUGUUGUCGCGCACGGCUAGCUGCGGCGAAUUCGCAAAGACCAACAACAAUAACAACAUCAAUAACAACAAUAACGCCAGGAACGAUCAGACGGAAGCUGAUUUGACGUCGACAUCGAUCGGCAGAAGAAAGAGUGACGCGAAAGUUGUGAAGAGAAAAACAAAGGCAAAGAGAAACGACAAGCGGAACAGGAACGUCAAUGAGAAGACGCAGAACCAGUUGGUUUCCUCGUUGGCUUCGUUGGACUUUGUCACUGCCGUGAGAUCGAGAGACAAGCCGAAAAAUAAUGUUGGUGACGUUUGCGAAUUUACUCAGGAGGAUAGCGUUGCGGGUAUGAGGGUUGCUUUAAGUUCUCGGAUAAACUCGAAGAGAGUUAACGCAAGACGAAUGAAGACAUUGAGGAAAAUCAGUCAAAAUUCUGUUGAGAAUAUCGACAUCAAGAUGCGACGUAAAGAUACCUUAAACGGCGGGAGGAGCAAGGAAACGAGCGAGGACGGUACGCUGAGCGUACGGACGUUUGAGAAGGGGGAGAUAAUUGUCUCGCAAGACGGCAGAUUGUUACCGACGUCCUCGUACGAACCUGUUCCACUUAACGAUCACGGUAAUGCCGUCGUCAAGUCCGCUGCUCACAUAGACGUGAUUAACAAAAACGUGGAGGAGAAGACCAGCAGCGAGAACGAGGAGAACAGCGUAAUGAUAGCGUCCUCGGUUAGCAUAGAGGAGCCCGACGUGUUGGAGUGCUGGGAGGCGGAAACUGUAGAACCUGUGAUAACCCCGAGGAGGAUGCUGCAAAGCCCGGGAGUCUUGUGCGAGGGUGAGGCGGCGGAGGACGAUAACGUCGAGAUCGAGAAAGCUACCGUCGAGCAUGUGCAGAGGUAUUACAGAUUGGCGCGCGAUACUGUCAACACGGAAGAGGAGUCAAGCGAGUUCAGCACGUCGGUAAUCUCGUCCAUGUCGAGAACAGUGCCAAAUGAUCCGGAGGACAAAACGAUCGGGUAUUUCCGCGGCGAGGAGAUCCCGAUCUUUAUGCCGGACAAAAAUCAAGACGUUACCAUGGAGAAUACCGGAAAGAUACCUGUCGACGAGGCGUUCGAGGUAUACGAGAGCUAUUACACCGGGAAAUCGCCGUUCUUGUCGUUCGAUACGAAGAUGUUCGGGCAACGGCCGUUGUACGGUCAGAACGGCGAGGGUCCGAUACCGUGCAGAGCGGUGUGCUGCAAUAUACAGUAACUCGAAAAAGAUACACCCUACCGCAAACUCUUUUUCAAAAGAUAAGGCAACAGGAUAUAUUAUUAUAACAUAGCUUAUAUUAUAAUAAUAUAUUAUUGCGUAACCGCGUCAGGGCCGUCCUCUUCGAAGUAGGCCAAGACUUGUGCUUUCCCCGGGUAUAUCACGCACGUAUGUGUACAUGUAAUAUGCACACAAUGUAAAAGCAAAUGUCCCGUCUUCGUCGGGCGGAGAUUUAACGAAUCGCUAUUCUUUCAAUAAAGUUCAGUGACACGCUCAAAGAGGACUAAACGUCAUUUCAAAAGCAUCGCGGACCGCGAUCCGUUCUUUUGUAAAUAGUUUUAAGAGUUCGUUUGUGAUCGUAUAACUUUCUUGUGGAAAACUUUCAAAAUUUUAUGUGUGUGGGAGCAUGCAUUGUAGCAGUCACUCUACGAUAGCAUUUUACCAUUAUUACCAUUAAACAUUGUACGUCAUUGUUCGCAAUCAAAGACAGAGAUUCGUAACGUUUCUCGACGUUCAGCUUUUAUCUGGACCGAGCUUGUCAAGAGGCAAUACAUUGUUUUCUCCGGAUUUAUAAUAGGAAAAGCGUGAAUUUUAUUUUGCAUGAAACGAAAGAGGAGGAAAAGAAAAGAGAGACAGAGAGAGACAGGGGGAGAGAGAGAAGAAAAAUAUAUGGAGAAAGUGUUGAGGCACAAGAGAUGCCAGACUGUUGUUUUACUCUCGCUACGAUAUCUCGUAAUACACUCGGUCGAAAUGACAAGAGCGUUAUUUUUAGAAACUAUAUAAAAGACACGAAUGUUAAAAGACUAGGAGUUAUUGUUGCACGUAAUCACGUUGGAUGGCCUUUGCUUAGGAAAGUUCUGACUGCUCGCAAUUUUUAACUCGGCAUUAUUGGAGUAUCCCCGCAUGUUCACCCGUGUGAGUUUCCUUUUUCCUUCUCCAGUCGAGAAGGGAGAAGGAUGUAUCGAGGAGAACCGACAGAGCAAAUCGUUCAAUAAUACAUGCUUUGAAAUAGCGAUACGUAAUAAUCGCGUAGAUGUAAUAUCGCGUUCUCAUACUAAGAGGUACUAGCUGAUAAAAAAAAAUGGGCAGUGGUAAGAGCAGUGAGCUGUAGCUUUAGCCUGUUAUUGAGAAGUAUAACGAGAUGUAUAGAAAAAUCUUACGACGGUUACAUAACGAUCUAUAUUGCAGUAAUCGACGGAUGCUUAGAGCGGGCGAUCUUUCCUGAUGCUCGGUUAACACGAAAUUUCAAUUUGUAAAAAGAUCGUCCCUCGCGUCUUCGAGGUGUAAUUUAAGAGAGCGACAUCCUUCGAAUUCGGGCAUCCCUGAAACCGGACAAGCAUUCUCGACUCCGAAUUUAGCUAGCCGACGAUCGCACGGAUGAUCCCGCCUCUAAACAUUCGUCGAGGAAUCGGGGAGAAGUAAAGCCUCUCUUUUUUUUUUACUCUUUUCCCCGAUAGACGCGUCUCGACCGGAAUCGGAUGAACGCACCGCAAAGAUGCAUAUGUGUACUUAUUAUGCAUAUACAUAAAAAAAUAAAGCUGCACUUGUUACGACAAUAGCCCACGCUUUAGUUGAUUUGUGUCCAGGGAUAGAUCGGGGAGUACCUUAGAUUGCAUAAUCGCGCGUAGGUCGAUCGUUAGACGUGGUUCGCGGAGUCAUGUAUGUCCCAUAUCAUAACGCCCGUAACAUACCUCAGAGGGAUUGUGUAAAUAGAGUCAUUCUCGAGGCAUUAGCAAAAGGCAAAAAAAAGAGAGAUAAUAAGUACCGAUAGUACAUUAAUGAUAAUAAAGAGGAGGGGAAGGAAUUGGAUCGAGUAGCGACCAUAAGACAGGGUGUGAGGCCGUGGAUGAAGAUGAUAACAGGACGGCGGGGAGUAAAAAGAAACGCGAAACCUUAUGUCACGCAACAGCAAUAUGUAGACACCAUUGUUCCUGCAAAGUUCUAGUUUCCUUAAGCAUGAAUAAAUCAUUUCCAUAAUGAUCAGGCGUAGCUCUAUGAACGUUCGUUCACACCAAAGUAACAUUAAAGCAUAAGUACGAAUAUUAUAUCGUUACAUUGAAAAAAAAAAGAUAAUGCGCGUUGCAUCAAUUGUGUGCCUUAUUCUGUGGCGGCCGUUUUUGUAACUAUUUCAAAGCACUCUCCUUGAUAAUAGUCAGUAGCGAGAUAUCAAGGUGCGAUUAAGACUUGUUAAAAUUGAUGAGAGAAAGAAAGAAUGAGAGAGAGAAAGAGAGAACGCGAGCGAGAGAGAGAGAGAGAGAAAGAGAUAAGUGCGUGAGAGGGCUCGCCCGCUUGAUGAUGAUGAUGAUAAUGAUCCUUGUCAAUGCAUGCGUACCCGAGGACUCGUUUAGAUUUCCUUUUCAUGAAAUUAUCGACCUCAUCGGAUGCGUCCGACCCAAUUGUAUGCCGAUUAUUCAUAUAAAAACAUUAAAGCGUUGCAUCUUAUACACGAGUCAUGUUACUGUACAAGUAUAUUUUAGUUGAAGUUAACAUGUAUGAAAUAAGUGUACUUGAAUUUUGUUGUGUUUUUGCUUAUAAAAAUAUGAAUAAAACGUUUCAAUUUUUAAAGUCAA